AUGGCUCCUAUUGAAUAUUUAUUAUUUGAAGAACCAACAGGUUAUGCGGUCUUCAAGGUCAAACUACAGCAAGAUGAUAUUGCUUCCAGAUUAGCUGAAGUUCAACAACAAAUUAACGAAUUCGGUUCGUUCACAAAAUUGGUUGAAUUAGUAUCGUUCGCUCCAUUCAAAGGUGCUGCUGACGCUUUAGAGAAUGCUAAUGACAUUUCAGAAGGUUUACUUUCAGACAGUUUGAAAUCUAUUCUUGAAUUAAACUUACCAAAGGCUUCCAAGAGUAAGACUGUUACUUUAGGUAUUUCUGAUAAGAAUUUAGGUCCUUCUAUCAAGGAACAAUUUCCAUAUGUUGACUGUAUCUCUAACGAAUUAGCUCAAGACUUACUUCGUGGUGUAAGACAACACGGUGAAAAAUUGUUCAAGGGUUUACAAUCUGGUGAUUUAGAAAGAGCUCAACUUGGUUUAGGUCAUGCUUACUCUAGAGCUAAGGUUAAGUUUUCCGUCCAAAAGAACGAUAACCAUAUCAUCCAAGCUAUUGCUUUAGUCGAUCAAUUAGACAAAGAUAUCAAUACUUUUGCUAUGAGAGUUAAGGAAUGGUACGGUUGGCAUUUCCCUGAAUUAGCUAAGUUAGUACCGGACAACUACACUUUUGCUAAAUUAGUUUUAUUCAUCAAGGACAAAGCUUCUUUAAACGAUGAAUCCUUACAUGAGUUAGCCGGUCAUUUAAAUGAAGAUGCUGGUAUUGCACAAAGAGUCAUUGAUAACGCACGUAUUUCAAUGGGUCAAGAUUUAUCAGAAAUCGAUAUGCAAAAUGUCUGUGUUUUCGCUGAAAGAGUUGUUUCUUUAGUUGAUUACAGAAGAGGUUUAUACGACUAUUUAUGUGAAAAGAUGCAUACUGUUGCACCAAAUUUAUCAGAAUUAAUUGGUGAAGUCAUUGGUGCCAGAUUAAUAUCUCAUGCUGGUUCAUUAACUAACUUAUCUAAGCAAGCUGCAUCUACUGUUCAAAUUCUUGGUGCUGAAAAGGCAUUAUUCAGAGCAUUAAAGACUAAAGGUAACACUCCAAAGUACGGUUUAAUUUACCACAGUGGUUUCAUUGCUAAGGCCUCCGCCAAGAACAAGGGUAGAAUUUCUAGAUAUUUAGCCAACAAGUGUUCUAUUGCCUCUAGAAUUGAUAACUAUUCUGAUGAACCUUCUAACGUUUUCGGUAGUGUCUUAAAGAAGCAAGUUGAACAAAGAUUAGAAUUUUACAACAUUGGUAAGCCAACUUUAAAGAAUGAAUUAGCCAUUCAAGAAGCCAUGGAAUUAUACAAUAAAGACAAGCCAGAGGAAGAACAAAAGGAAGAAAUUUCUUCUAAGAAGAGAAAGUUAGAAACUGAAGGUGAAGAAGAAGAAAAGAAAUCCAAGAAGGAAAAGAAGGAUAAGAAGGAUAAGAAGGAUAAGAAGAGCAAGAAGGAAAAGAAAGAGAAGAAAGAGAAGAAGGAAAAGAAGGAAAAAAAAUCUAAGAAAUAA